AUGCCUAAUUCAAAUAACAAAUUAGUUGAUGCGUUAGUAGAAGCAUUUAAUGUUAAUAACUGUACCCGUGGUGUUAUGGAUACUAAUUUUACUACAAGUGAUCAUUAUAUUACUACGAUAUUCGGUGAUGGCAUGGGAGAAACAGAGUGUGAAAAGUAUUUAAAAAAUCUAAGAGACGAAAUAGAAGAUAUAUUUCAUCGAAGUCGUCCAGGAGAAGGACAGGGGCCUUUCUAUCUUGAUUCUUUUCCUUUUAAUCCUAAGGAUGGUAGGAUAUUUCAGGAUCCAAUAACGAAUAAGUUUAAGUAUGAGGUCCCUAUUACUGAUAAAGUGUUGUUUAACUUACAGGCUCAUCUCAUCUACUCAAUGACAAAGCCAACAAGAGCUGCUAUGGAUGGUGAUACUCACCCUCAUCUUCUUAAGAAUAAAAAGUAUAUCAUGUCUAGCCGUUUUGCAAGCGAAGGACUAGCAAAGGAUUUUAAACAGAGGUUUUGUGCUGAAAUGCUAAGAGAGCUAAAAUGUGAUCUAUUGCCUUAUGUGGAAGUUCAGGGCAAUAACGUGUAUAUUAGUAAGAAUAUUGUCAAUAAUUUGAACUUUAUUCAAAGAUGUGUGCAGUAUAAUACAGAAACGAUAGGUUGUGCUCUUGAAAUUCCUGGCAUUGAUAAUAAUAGUGAUAGCCUAUCAAAGAGGGAGUUCGUUCUCCAGGAGCUGCUUACUCAAUUUAUCUAUCAUACAACGGAUAUAGUAAUUGAUAGGUAUUAUCAUGCUUUCUCUAAAGAGAGUGGAGAGAGGUGCCUUCUUUUGCCAGCUAUAGCUGUAAAAGAUGAAAGAGGUAAGAUACAAUACUUUAGGUAUCUAAAUGUGUCAGAAGUGCAAGCUAUUAAUGCAGCGUUUAAUUCUUCGGUGGUAAGCAAUCUUGCUGAAGAUAUUUCAGAUAAAAGUAUAAUAAAUGAAGCAGACAAAAGAAAUUUCGGGGUAGAUGGUAUAAAUUUUUCCAACAGAGAAGUCUCCCAGCAUGUAUGCAACGCUGUUUUUGGCAGUGCUGCAGUUGCUCAAGUUAAUGAAGAUGAGUAUGGGCUGGAAGUACAAUCUUCUCCACAUCUAGAUAAGUUGCGUGCAAAGGUAGAUGAGAUGCGUGAAAAGGAAGCUCAGUUGCAAGAAGCUCAGUUGCGUGCAGAGGCAGCUCAGUCGUAUGCAAGGGCAGCUCAAUCACAUGCAGAGGAAGCUAAGUUGCAUGCAGAGGCAGCUAAGUCAUGUGCAAAUACAACUCUGUCGUCUACAGAGUCAGCUCAAUUGCGUGCAGAGGCAACUCAGUCAAGUGCAAAGGCAGCUCAAUUCCGUGUAGAGGCAACUCAUUCACAUGCAGAGGCAGCUCAAUGGUAUGCAGAAGCAGCUUAUUUGCGUGCAGAGAUGACUCAGUCAGCUGGAGAGGCAACUCAAUUGCGUGCAGAGGCAGCUCAGUUUUGUGCGAAGGCAACUAGGUUGUAUGCAGAAGUAACUCGGUUGCAGAAAGAAAUAGAAGCCAAAGGAAAAAAGCAAAAGAAAGUUUAUGCAGAUGCUUGUCACCAAGUAGAUUCUCUCGACAGGAGAUCUAUUACUAGUGGUUCAUCAGAUGAUACUGAUAAUCAUCCUAAGGUUAGUUAUGAUCCUAAUGGUGGUUGGCAAGGUGCUAGUCGUUCACAUCCUGCAGGUUCAUCAGGUGGCACUGAUCCUAAUGCUGGCAAAAAAGGUCAAGGUCAAGGACGAGGUGGUAGUCAGGACCGGGCACAAGGUCAUCAUCGUAGUACAAAGUUACCUUAUGGCACUCAUCCAGAUUAUGUUGUUGAUCCAGGUUAUUGUGGUAGUUCUUCAGACAUUACAGGAGGGUUAUCAGGUAAAACUGCCGCUAAGUCUGCAAGUGUAGAUAAGUCUGCAAGUGUAGAUAAAUUGAAGAAUCCGGAUAGUAAAAAGCGCAGUUCACCCUACACAUGGAUUAAAUCUUUCUUCUCUAGGAGCAAAAAAGGUACAACCCCACUAAAGCGCGCGAAUAGUGAAUCUGGGGUUAGUGAAUCUGGGGUUUUUGUUAACACGCCUGCUCAAACACCAGGAUCAACACCAAAAACAGUUCGCAAAUCACCAAAUGGAUUACCAAAUGGUGCUAAUACUAAUCUUACAGGAGUACGCACAGAGCAAACAGCAAAUGUUGCCAAAGAAAGUUGUGUAGUGUCGUGA